UUUCUUCCAUGGCUGUAGAACAUCGAACCCAUGGAGCAAGCAUCUCUUCUAGCAGAUCGUACCAACACUGAGUGUUGGAGGUUCAGUGCUGCAUUGCCCAAUGGCAGCAUCCUCUGGGGCUGCUGGGGUCUGGUUUCGGAAAUGCCUUCGGCUCCAUGACAACGAAGCACUGGUCAAGGCCUGCGCCUUCAGCGAGGUGGUACCCUUUUUCAUCCUAGACCCGCACUUCAAUAGAAGUGCAGUAGGGGUGAACAGGUUUGCCUUUUUGCUCCAGAGUUUGCAGGACUUAGAUGCCCAGCUGCGCCUUCGAGGAAGCCGGCUCUUGGUGUUUCAAGGUCGUCCACACGAAGUUCUUGCAGAUCUAUUCAAUGGCAAGGCAGGUGUGCGCUUGUCUCGAUUGUAUUUCGAGAAAGACACAGAGCCUUAUGCCCGCUCUCGAGAUGUCCAAGUGGAAUGCCUGGCCAAGGAGCACAGAGUGUCGAUUGAGAGCUUUUCAGGGCACACAUUGCUCGACAUUGAUGCCACAGUGGCCAAUCCAAAAUUCAAACCGCCCAUUUCAAUGAAAAGCAUGCAAAGCAUCAUGACCGCUGCUGGCCCCAUCCGAAAACCUUUCGACAUCCCGAAGAUUCCUCCGUUGAACAUAGAAGGAUUCGAGGUACCAAAGAUUUCCAACAUCUACAGUGAGGUUCCAACAAGCACCGGCUUCCCAGGUGGUGAGCAAGAGGCUUUGAGCCGACUUCGUCAUGUUUGUGCAGAUGCCGACUAUGUUUGCCAGUUUGAGAAGCCCAAAACAGCCUCCACUGGCCGGCCUGGAUGUCCCUGGGAGCCCUCUACUACAGGUCUCUCGCCGUACUUGAAGUUUGGCUGCCUCUCCGUUCGCACUGCAUGGCAUGCCAUCGACCAAUGCAUCCGGGGAAAGAGGCACUCUGAGCCUCCGCAAUCCCUGCAUGGGCAGAUGCUUUUCCGAGAAAUGUUUUACCUCCUGGGCGCAUCCGUGCCCAACUUCGACCGGAAUGAGGGGAACUCGAUGUGUAAGCCGAUACCUUGGGGAGACAACCCCGUCUUUCUUCAAGCUUGGCAGGAGGGGAGGACAGGCUAUCCUUUCAUCGAUGCCUUGAUGCGGCAGUUGAAUCAGACAGGCUACAUGCACCACUUGGGCCGACACGCUGUUGCUUGCUUCUUGACCCGAGGCGACUUGUGGCAAAGCUGGACUUGUGGCCGAGAUGUCUUCGACAAGCUCCUGUUGGAUGCAGACUGGGCGCUGAACAAUGGCAAUUGGUUGUGGCUGGCAGGUGUGGCGCCCUUUUCGGCGCCAUACUUCAGAAUCUAUGACCCAUGUCCUGGACCUAACUCCAGCCUCAAUGCAGAGCAGACCGGCGAAUUUGUGAAGCAUUACGUCCCAGAGCUCAAGGGGAUGCCUUCAAAAUAUUUGUACAAGCCGUGGACUGCACCGUUGGCGGAGCAGAAGAAAGCUGGCUGCAUCAUUGGUCAGGACUACCCAAAGCCUAUUGUGGAUCACAAGCUAGCUCGAGAGGAAAAUCUGGCACGGUUCAAGGCAGCUUUGAAUGGUCAGGUUCUUCCUGAAAAGUUUGGGUGUGCUACCAGUGAUCCGGGCCCAAUGUGCUCCAGUCUAAGCAAGGGCAGGGGCAAGCGAGCAGAGGUAGCGACCCUGAACACGGAACCGGAUGAACGCAAGCAGCGACGGUGGGGCAAAGGCCCAAAGGACGACACACUUGCAGGCGGCUGAUCCAGAAGAGGACGAGGUUCAACAGCCGUGAGGUCGCUCGGGACUUUAAGCUUAGCUGGGUAUGCCAUGCUCAACAUCCCAGGUGGCCGAAUGAUGAGACCAGCUCCAACACCGUUUACCCGACGGAUCUUGGAACCAGCUCGGAAAGGCUUCCUGUGUGGUUUUCUGAGUCGCCAACCUUUGUUGUACAAAUGAACUCUUUGGACAACUCAGAGUUAAUUGGCUCCUUGUGUACAGGCCACGAGAAAAUUUUCAGUUCUUUGCGGCUGCCCUGUGACCACUGCAAACUUGGGAGAUAGUUUGUGCUUCAUGUUUCGU